UUUGUUAUAAAGUUAUCUACGUUAUGGAAGGUUUCGACGAUCCAGGAAUAUUUUUCUCAAAUAAUUUUGCUACACAAGAACCACGUGAGAAUCAACUGAAUCUACAGGUUUUAAAGAAGCAAUUUAAAGAAUUCAUUAGACAAUUUCACGAGGGAAACUUUAAUUAUAAAUAUCGAGACACUUUGAAACGGAACUACAACCUUCGCUUAUACUACAUUGAUCCAUAAUCAAUGUCCGAUGUAUUUCAGGAUUACUAGUAAGGAAUUCAGUGCUCGGUUAACUUACCAACUAAAAUUGUCCCAGGAUAAUAGCCUUAGGGACCAGUUUCAAUUUCACAUACGACCGGAGAUCUCCGAAAUUUUGCAAUUUUAUCUUCGCAUUCAGAGUUCCUUCUAAAUCAAAUCUACCUAUGGAAAGCCACAUCGGUUCACUGACAUCUUUAAACGCUUCCAAAACUUCGACUUUUCCAAAUCCAUAUGGAAAAGAAGGAAGGAAGUUCACAUAAAACAAAGCUCAUUUCAUGAAUCAACCAAAUAUAUUUAUAAUUAUAUCUACUAUAAAUUUAUAUAAAAUAGAAUAA